AAAAAAAAAAGAAAAGAGAGAGAAUCUGGGUGGGCUUUGAGCUGUGAUAUAGCUGUCCUUUUGAUGAAUUAUUUCAUACCACACCACACACCCCAUUCUUCUCUCUCUCCCCUCACUCAUAUACUCACACACAGAUCCAAAAUUCCUAGAAACCAAAAAAAAAAGAAGAGAGAGAGAACCCAUUUUUCUCUUUGCCUCUCUAAACCCACCACCACCACCAACAUAAUCCUCCAUAGCUGCAUUAUCUCCGGAUCUCAAAGGUCGAAACUUUUUCAAAACCCCACUUGAAAAACUAAAGCAAAGAAAAAAAGGAGGAAAGACUAAAGAAGGAAGCAGCAUUCAGAUGCCUCAUGUGAGAUGAGGAAGAAAGAAGCCAUAACCACUCACCAUUUCCACCUCAUUGCCUUGUUUCUGGGCUCACUCACACUCACCCUCUCCUCCUCCUUCGCCGCCGCAACAAGCACCACAAAGCACGAGUUCAAUGGAGCACUCACGGAGGCAGAAACCAUGUACAUCAAGCAGAGGCAGCUUCUCUACUACAGAGACGAGUACGGAGACAGAGGAGAAGAUGUUACAGUGGACCCUACCUUGGUCUUUGAGAACAACCGCAUCAGAAACGCAUACAUAGCCUUACAAGCAUGGAAGCAAGCUAUUCUCUCUGAUCCUCUGAAUCUCACCGCUAAUUGGGUAGGUCCUAAGGUGUGCGACUACACUGGAGUCUUCUGUGCACCUGCACCUGAUGACAACAGGACCCGCACCGUUGCCGGCAUUGACCUCAACCAUGGCGACAUUGCUGGUUACCUGCCUGAGGAGCUUGGCUUGCUCACAGAUCUUGCUCUAUUCCACAUUAACACAAACAGGUUCUGUGGCACACUUCCCCACAAGUUCGACCGUCUCAAGAUCCUCUUUGAGUUAGAUCUCAGCAACAACCGGUUUGCCGGUAAGUUCCCGGCGGUAGUUCUGCGAUUGCCCAAGCUUAAAUUUCUAGAUCUGAGGUUCAACGAAUUUGAAGGCACAGUGCCUUCACAGCUCUUUGAUAAAGAUCUGGAUGCCAUUUUCAUAAAUCAUAAUCGUUUCGUCUUCGAUUUGCCGGAUAAUUUCGGGAAUUCGCCUGUGUCGGUAAUAGUUUUGGCGAACAACAAGUUCCACGGCUGUGUGCCUUCAAGCAUCGGGAACAUGUCAAGGCUGAACGAGAUUAUUCUGAUGAAUAACGGUUUCCGUUCUUGUUUUCCGGCAGAGGUAGGGUUGUUGAAGAAUCUAACUGUGUUUGAUGUGAGCUUCAAUCAGCUGGUGGGGCCUUUGCCGGACGCAAUUGGUGGAGCGGUGAGCUUGGAGCAGCUUAAUGUGGCACACAACUUGCUCUCUGGUGUAAUUCCGGCCAGUAUUUGUUCUCUGCCAAAUUUGGAGAACUUUACAUAUUCUUAUAAUUUCUUCACGGGUGAGCCACCGAGGUGUUUGGCUCUGCCGGCCUUUGAUGAUAGGAAGAACUGCUUGCCUGCUAGGCCACUGCAGCGCUCUGCCGCCCAAUGCAGGGCCACGCCUUCAGUGAAUUGUGGCUCUUUCAGGUGUAAGCCUUUUGUUCCGUCAAUUCCUUCUCCGCCUGUUGCUCUUCCUCCUCCGGUAUUAUCGCCUCCACCUCCCCCGCCGUCACCACCUCCACCAGUGUAUUCUCCACGGCCCCCAUCGCCGCCUCCCCCAGUGUACUCUCCCCCUCCGCCACCACCGUCUCCCCCGCCUCCUUCUCCGCCACCUCCUCCUCCACCAGUUUACUCUCCACCGCCCCCGCCGCCCUCACCACCUCCACCGUCCCCUCCACCGCCGUCUCCGCCUCCCCCCGUGUAUUCCCCACCUCCACCGCCGCCUUCACCGCCGCCACCUUCCCCGCCUCCUCCGUCACCUCCACCACCUUCGCCAUCUCCGCCACCGCCGUCUCCUCCACCACCCUCACCUCCACCUCCGUCGCCGCCGCCACCAGUAGUGUACCCGCCUCCACCCUCACCACCACCACCGCCAGUGUACUCUCCACCACCACCUGUUUACUACUAUAACUCCCCACCACCACCUCAUUCGCCACCGCCACCACAUUCGCCACCACCUCCACCACCUCACCACUCACCCCCGCCACCACCUCAUUCACCACCACCACCAUCACCGCCCCCACCAUGUAUAGAGCCACCACCACCUCCUCCACUAUGUAUAGAACCACCCCCACCACCUCCUCCGCCUCCCCCUUCGCCACCACCAUGCGAAGAGCAUCCACCACCACAACCAUCACCACACCCUGCACCUUACCAUCCACCACCAUCGCCACAGCCUGCACCUUACCAUCCACCGCCAUCACCAUCACCGCCACCAGCACCUGUAUAUGAAGGGCCCUUGCCACCUGUUAUCGGAGUCUCGUAUGCAUCACCACCACCACCACCUUAUUAUUGAUUCUUUUGAGAACUUCCUCCUCUAACCCCACUUUCUCCCUCUACUCUCUCUCUACCAAACACCAUAAAAAAAGUUCACAUUUUUACUACUGGGGUGGAUGAUGUUAAUUUUCUUCUGUACCAAAAUUAUUGUUAUUAUUAUGCGAUUCUCGUCGCUUUUGGGGCUUCAAUAAUAAACCAAACAGAAGACAUGGGUUUGCUGUUUUUUCUUUUAAAUAUUUUUAUGUCUUUUAUGGGUCCAUAGAUAAACAUAGAACAAGAAGAAGAAUUCGAAGGAGGAUGAAGAAGAAGAGGUUACGGUGGAAUUGAGGUAAGAGGAGAAAGUCUCUCUCCCAAAUUGAUCUGAAAUUGUUAUGGAUAUUCUGAGUUGUGAAAAAAAUAAUAAGAAAAAAAACACAAGAGAGUAAGUAGGUUGCAGUGAAAGAAAGAAAGGAAAAAAAAAUGUAUGUAUAGGGAUGGAUCAUGGAUGAAUUCGGAGAUCAUAAUUCUCGGCUUCAAUGGCAGUGGUUACUUGUUGAUGCUACUGCCCUUGUUUCUGGAGUUUAUUGUCAUUGUCAUUGUCUCUUUCAUAUCAUACUCUUUUUUUUUUUAAUUUUAUUUUUUCUUGAUUUUUUUCUUUGUUUCUUUUGAUUUGCAAUUUAUAGUAUAAUUUAUGAACAUUUCAUUACCUUGUAUUGAUUUUCAGAAUUGAGCCUU